GACCAACAUACCCAGACCAACAUCCCAGACCAACAUACCCAGACCAACAUACCCACCAAGGUCCCACCAGCCCACGCCCUCCCCUCCCUCCCUCCCGCAGAUAAGAUCAUCGCUGUCUCGCUUCUCCCACCGAACAGACCACCUCCCCCUCAACGACACUCGACAGAAACACGCCCCCAAAGCAUGUUUCCUUCCCCGCAUUCCUACCAUUCCUCCACCGACACUCUCUCGACAACCACAACGACGACGACUACAUUCUCUACUACACCGACAGCUGCCGACUUACAUAUAAUCUCCCCCACCACGCUCCCCCAGACUCGGCAUCCCCACUUCCCCGCCGCCGCCUGAUGCCAACGCCAUAGACGCCUCAAACCCCCACCCAACCCAAACCGACAACCGGAUAGAGCUCCCGCUCUCACAUAUACAACCGCGGCCAUGGCCGCCCUGGCACCCGCGCACCCCUCCCUCUCCGCCCUCGCCCUCGAUGUCGAAGCCGCCCUCGCCUCCCUCUCCAAGCGCCUAGAUGCGCGCCUCGACCUACUUGAAGCGCGCUCCCUCGGGGGCAGCGCCGGCACCGAUACCAGCGCCUCCACCUCUUCCCCACAGCCCAUACACGGGCGCCCCCUCCUACCAUAUGUCCCCGAUACGCCCCCGCUGCGCGAGGAGGUGCUGCUCAAGGACGAGCAGCAGCGCCGGGUAGCCGAGGUGCUGACGCCCGGGUCCUCUGUGGAUGAGGACGCUGGGGGCGGGGUGCACGAGGGGGAAGGCGAGGAUAAGAGCAUGCCCAUUGCCAUUGUGGGAAUGGGAUGUAGGUUUCCGCAGGAGGCUACUAGCCCGGAGAAGCUGUGGGAGAUGCUGUAUAAUAAGAGGCACGCGCGGACGGAGGUUCCGAAAGACCGGUUUAAUGUCGAGUCGUUUUAUCAUCCGGAUGCUGAUAGGAGUGGUUCUAUGAACCUGAAAGGUGGGCAUUACCUCAAAGAGGAUAUUGCCGCGUUUGAUGCGCGCUUCUUCUCCAUCUCCCCCGCUGAGGCGAAGAGUAUGGACCCUAUGCAGCGGAUUCUGCUGGAGGUGGUCUACGAGGCUAUGGAGAACGCCGGUAUGACGCUGGCGGAUAUGGACGGCUCUGAUACGGGAUGCUAUGUCGGCUGCUUUACGGAUGAUUAUGACGGUCUCCUGAAGCGUGAUAUGGAGCUGUCCCCGAAGUACCACUCUGUGGGAAUUGUGCCCGCUAUUCUCUCUAACCGCAUCUCCUUCUGCUUUAACCUGAAGGGUCCCUCUCUGACGGUCGACACUGCCUGCUCUAGUAGCUUAGUCGCCGUCCAUCUAGCCUGCCAAUCCCUACGGGCAGGCGAAUCCCGCGUGGCCAUUGUGGGGGCAACAAACGCCCUCAUCAACCCCGAAAUCCACGUGGGAAUGAGCAACAUGCACUUCCUCUCCCCAGACUCGACAUGUUUCACCUUCGACGAGCGUGCGAACGGCUACGCACGUGGCGAGGGUAUGGCUGCUUUAGUAUUAAAACCCCUCGAUGCGGCGCUCAGGGACGGAGAUACCAUCCGCGCUGUUAUCCGUGGAACGGCGUCGAACCAGGAUGGUAGGACGGCUGGUAUGACGCUGCCAUCGAAGGAGGCGCAGGCGGAGCUCAUCCAGACCGCCUACGAGCAGGCUGGCUGCGAUCCCGCAGCUACCGGCUACUUCGAGGCGCACGGCACGGGCACAGCAGCUGGAGAUCCGAUCGAGGCGUCUGCGAUCGGAGCGACGCUUGGAAAAUCCCGCGGGCCGGGUGAGGAGGGGAAGCUCUUCGUCGGCAGCGUGAAGACCAAUAUCGGCCAUCUCGAGGGCGCUAGUGGACUGGCUGGCCUGAUUAAGGCGGUGCUGAGUCUGGAGCGCGGAGUGGUGCUGCCGAAUCUGUGGUUUGACAAUGGCAACCCCGCGAUCGACUUUGAGGGGUGGCGCAUCAAGGUCCCUACCGAGCCGACGGCGUGGCCGACGGAGGGGCUGCGGCGGGCGAGUAUCAACUCGUUUGGCUUUGGUGGGACGAAUUGCCAUGCUAUUAUCGAUGAUGCGUUCCAUUACCUCCAGAGUCGCGGGCUGAAGGGUAAUCAUACUACGUCCCCAACGUCGCUGCUGGGGGAGGGGAUGCAGCGACCGCUGUUGCUGGGGCAGGGGGGCAAGAUUGAGGAGAUCGUGGAGAAGGAUGCGAUUCUUGCUUCUUCCACCUCGGCCCUGAAUGCGCGCCCGCGCAUUUUCAAGGUCUCUGCUAACGAGGAGAAGCUUGCUGUUACGCUGGCGAAGAGUCUCGCGGAGCAUCUCGCUACUAUUCCUGCUGAUGCUACUGAUACGGCUUACCUUGAUAACCUCGCCUACACACUGCAUACGCGCCGUACUACCCUACCUUGGACUGUUGCUGUUGUUGCAUCGUCUAUCGCCGAGCUGGCUACUAAGCUCGAGGCGCCCGGUCUCAAACCCACCCGUCGCGCAGCCGAGACGCCAAAGCUAGGCUUCGUCUUCACAGGCCAAGGCGCGCAAUGGGCCGGCAUGGGGCGCGAGCUCCUAGCCUACCCAGUCUUCAAAGACGUCGUGCUGAAAGCCGACGACAUCCUCACCUCCCUCGGCGCCCCGUGGUCGCUGCUCACCGAGCUCUCCAAGCCUGAAUCCGAGACCCGCGUCAAUGAAGCUGCCAUCAGCCAGCCGCUGUGCACUGCUCUGCAGAUCGCCCUAGCGGAUCUGCUGAGUGCAUGGGGCGUGCAUCCCGCGCGCGUUGUCGGGCAUUCCAGUGGUGAAAUCGCGGCUGCGUAUGCGAUUGGUGCCCUAUCCCUUAGCGGCGCGCUGCAGGUCGCGUAUUUCCGCGGUGUGCACUCGUCGAGGGUGUCCUCGCUGGGGCUGCGCGGGGCGAUGAUGGCGGUUGGUCUUGAUGAGGCUGCUGCAAGGGGGUAUGUGGCGGGUGUUGAUGCGGCGCUUGGACGGGUGGUGAUUGCUUGUAUUAAUAGCCCGGGAAGCGUUACAGUCUCGGGUGAUGAAUCGGCGAUUGAGGUGCUGAAGAGCAGAUUGGAUGCGGAUGGCGUGUUUGCGAGGAAACUUAUGGUGGACACGGCAUACCACUCGCAUCACAUGCAUUCCAUCGCCGCGGCCUACCGCGCAGACCUCGAGGAUCUCGCUGUCACGCCUCUAGGCCAGCGCUGGCCCAUCGAGAUGAUCUCCUCCGUCACCGCCCGCUCCGCCGCCGACGAAGCACUAGACGCCGACUACUGGGUCCGCAACAUGGUGUCACCCGUGCAAUUCUCCUCCGCCCUCGCCCACCUCUGUACCCCCGAGGCAAAGGGGAAGAAGAAGGGCCAGCGCCGCGCCCGUGGCGGUGCAGUCAACAUCCUCGUCGAGCUCGGGCCGCAUGCUGCGUUGGGUGGGCCGGUGAAGCAGAUCCUGACUGCGUCGACGAGUUUGAGUAAGGCGGGCAUCACGUACCUACCUGCGCUGCUGAGGAAUAAGGAUGGUGCGGAGACGAUGCUUGCGUUGGCCGCGUCGCUGUCGGCGUCGGGACAUGGUGCCGAUGUUCAUACGGCUAAUUUCCCGUCGCCGCUGGCGCAGCCCCUCGCGACGCUGCCGGACCUGCCGAGUUAUGUCUGGAACCAUAGUACGCGGUACUGGGCUGAGUCGCGGCUGUCGCUGGACUACAGGCUCCGUCCGUUCCCGAGGACUGAUGUGCUUGGUGCGCAGUCGACGGAUUGGAACCCUACUGAGCCGAUGUGGAGGAAUUUCGUGAGAUUGUCUGAGUUGCCGUGGCUUAAACAUCACCAGGUGCAGGACACGGUCAUUUACCCCGCGGCGGGGUACGUGUGCAUGGCUCUUGAGGCUGCGGCGCAGGUUCUGUCCGUUACGGCGCUGCCUCCGGGACGGAUGGUACGUGGGUUUACGGUUAGGGAUCUCGCGAUCUCGAGAGCGCUUGUUGUGCCGGCUAGCGAGGAGGGUGUGGAGACGGUGUUUAGCAUGCGUCCCCUGCCGGAUAGUACGACGGUGAGCUCCGCCGCGUGGAGGGAGUUUAGGGUGUUCUCGUACGGAGAGGGUGGAUGGGCGGAGCAUUGUAGGGGUAUGGUGGGUGUUGAUUUCACCCCUGCUUCCGCUGCUGUUGUUGCCGCUACUGGCGCUGCGCCUGUGUCUAUCGCGGAGAUGGUCGGCGCUGAUGAAUUUGUAGAGGGAGAGCGCGCGGCGAGGGCGGAGAUGGAGAAGGCGGAGCGGGUGUGUGGGCGGAAGGGCGACGUGGGGGGGAUGUACGAUGCCCUCGCCGCGGGAGGGCUGUGGUACGGUCCGUCGUUCCGGGUUAUCACUUCUGUUGCCACUGGCGGCGGGAUGGCCGUCGGUCGCGUGGCGGUGCCGGAUACCAGGUCCACGAUGCCUAUGGAGUUUGAGUACCCCAGCCUCGUGCACCCGGCGACUCUGGAUGGGUUUAUCCAGAUGAUCAUCCCCGCCCUCUCCCAGGGCGACCUGGGUGGUGCUGUCCACGAGCCCUUCGUGCCGACCUUUAUCGAGGAGUUAUCCUUUGCCAGCACUAUUGCUAGUCAAGCCGGCUACGAGUUCCGCGCUUGCGCCAAGGCGGCGUUCAAGGGGGUGCGCGAGGCGGUGGCCGGGAUCACGGUGUUUGACCCUCUUGGGGGGGAGGCCGUGGUCAAGAUUAAGGGGAUGAAGUGUACGGCUAUUAGUGGGGGUGGCCCCGUUGACGUGGUGAGGAAGCAUUGCGGGACUGCCGUGUGGGAGCCGGAUGUGGAUUUACUCGGUGAUCUGCAGAUGCUGCGUGUCCUCCGCGGGGCUGCUGUCCGUGCUGCGUCACCCGGCGUUGCGGGACGCGAAGACGUCGAGAUCGUAGCGUGGUGGUUCUGCGAUGCUGCGCUCCGCGAUGUGCAGGAGGCGGAGGUGAGUCCUCAGAGGAGAGAGCUAUAUGAGUUCCUCCUCCACCAGCGCGAGGUUGUGCGCGUGGGAAAAGCGGAGUACCAGACUCCCCUCUGGGAAGCGCUCGAGGACUUCGCUACGCAAGAGCGCGUGCAUAACCUUAUUGCUGAUUUCUCCACCUCUGGCGACGCGGAGGCGCGACUGCUCGUGCGCAUGGGUAUGGUGCUCCCCGGUGUGCUUCGCGAGGAGAUCGACCCGGAUGUCUUCAGGCAGGAGAGCGGGGUCGUGAGCGAUUACUUCGCGACCGCGAUGGGGGUGCCGCAUACGUAUGCGGCGUUGCAGAGGUACCUGACGAUGCUGGCGCACAAGUACCCCGAUCUGGAGUACCUAGAACUCGGCGCCGGGAUGGGGGAUGCGACGAGGCAUGUCCUGGACGCGCUGGAUGGGUGCGCCAAGUACAGGUACCCGAAGGUGAAGGCGUAUACGUACUCUGAUCCGUCUGAUGCGACGUUUGUGGCUACCACGAAGGCGUUUGAGAAGUGGGGAAGCCUGUUUGAGACGCGUGUUCUGGAUAUUGGGGGGGAUAUCGGCGCGCAGGGCUUUGGGGGACGGCAGUUCGAUGUUGUCAUCGCUGCAAACUCGCUCGGUGAUGCGGUGGAUGUAGAGGUUGCGCUGGCGAAUGUUCGGGCGAUGCUGAAGCCAGGGGGCAAGCUGAUACUGCUUGAGGCGACCCACCUUCAUCUCUCGGCGGCGGUUAUUCUGACAAGACCGGCGCCACCGUUGCAGGAGCAUCAGUGGGAGGAUGUGUUGUCAAGGCAUGGCUUUGGUGCGCUUGAGGCCAGUGCACCGGAUGUCUUGGAUGCGAGGGCGCAUGUUACGAGCGUUAUGGUCGCGUCGGUGCUGAAGCCCGACUCUAACGUUGCCACCCUCGGACUCCCGCUCUCUCUGCACGUCGUCCUCGUCGCGCCCUACGGUGGCGGGGCCGCAGCGGCUGAGCUCCUCGACUCGACGUGUUCUGCCUUGGGGGGCCACGGGAUCGGGGUUGAGAUCGUGUCGUUCACUGGGCUGGCGCGAACGGAGUUGCAGGGCAAGAUUGUCAUCUGUCUCGCUGAGCUGGAUUCGAGUGUGCUUGCUGAGGUGCUGCCGGCGGAUUUCGCGCAGCUCCAGAGGCUGACGAGUGAGCCUGUCGGACUGUUGUGGAUUACGCGCGGUAGUAUCGCGGGGAGGAGUAGUAAGCCUGAACUCUCGAUCUUCCAGGGCCUCGCGAGGAGUUUGCGCGCCGAGCAGGAGGGGUUCCCGUGCGUUACGGUGGAUUUGGACGCGGAUUAUAGACUCCCUGCUGAUCAGGUCGUUGAUCUCCUGUUUGGGGUCUUCAGACAGACGUUCAUCCGCGGACAGGCGGCGGCGGUGAAUGAUCGCGAGUUUGCGGAGAGGAAUGGCAUACUGCAUGUCAAGCGCAUGGUGGAGGACGAUGCGUUUAACAAGUACAUCGCCACGCGCACUGGGGCCGCAGCGCUGAAGCCCAGGGCGGAGAAGUUGGUUCAACCCGGACGUCCGCUGAAACUCACGCUUGACGGGGUGGGAAGUCUGGAUUCGUUCUACUUCUCCGACGACCCCACGGUGGGCGCUACGGUGCCGAUCGCAAAGGGGGAGGUGGAGAUCAGCGUCCGGGCCGUCGGCCUGAACUUCCGCGACAUCCUCAUCGCGAUGGGCGAGAUGAGCGAUAACUACCUCGGCAACGAGUGCGCGGGCGUCGUGACCCAGGUCGGCGAGGGGGUCACGCACGUCGCUGUCGGUGAUCGCGUCGCGGUGUGGUGUCUGGGGUGUUUCGCGACGCUGAUGCGGAAUCCGGCUGAUACGGUGAUGAAGAUCCCGGAUGAUAUGGAUUUUGUCGCCGCGGCGGGGUUCCCGAUUAUUUACGUCACGGCGUAUUAUGCCCUCGUGCACUUGGCGCGUAUGCAGGCUGGGGAGUCGGUCUUGAUUCAUGCUGCUGCGGGAGGGGUUGGGCAGGCGGCGAUACAGAUCGCGCAGAGGUUGGGUGCGGAGGUGUAUGUUACCGUUGGCACGGGGGAGAAGAAGGCGCAUAUCAUGUCUCUCUUCGGCAUUCCCGCGGAACGCAUCUUUAGUUCUCGCGAUGUCAGCUUCGAGGCUGGCGUGAAGCGCGUCACCGACGGACGCGGGGUGGAUGUCGUCCUCAACAGUCUCGCGGGGGAAUCCCUCCGCGCUAGCUGGCGGUGCGUCGCGCCCUUCGGCCGGUUCGUGGAGCUCGGCAAGCGCGAUAUCGAGGCCGGUGGACGCCUGGAUAUGGGGCCGUUUGUGAGGAAUGUGGUGUUUGCGAGUGUGGAUAUUACGGCGAUGUUGAGGCUUAAUAGACGACUCGGGGCGAGUAUGUUUAGGGAGGCGAUGGGGAUGGGGAUGGAGAUUCGCAGGGAGUUGGGUGGGGUGACUGGUGGGGGGGAGGGAGGGGCGAACCCGGUGAGGACGUGGGGGUUUGGGGAGGUGGGGGAGGCGUUUAGGCAUAUGCAGGCGGGGAGGCAUGUUGGGAAGAUUGUGGUGGUGCCGGGGGAGGGGGAUGUGGUGCAGGUCAUGCCGCAGCCACCCAAGGGCGCGAAAUUCCACGCCGACGCAUCCUACCUCCUCGCCGGCGGCCUGGGCGGAAUCGGUCGAAGCUUAUCGAUGUGGAUGGUCGCCAACGGGGCACGGAAUCUCAUCUUCGUCUCCCGCUCCGGCGUCUCGAAUGAUGCCGCGCGCGAGCUGGUCAGCACGCUCAUGGGGAAGGGGGUGCGUGUUCAAGUCAUACAGUGUGAUAUCGCCGACGAGGUCAUGCUGUUCGACUCGCUCAACACGUCGUUGAAGACUAUGCCGCCUAUUCGCGGGGUGAUUCAGGGCGCGAUGGUGUUGCGUGAUCAGAUCUUUGCGAAUAUGCCAUACGAGACCUUCGUCAGCGCGGUGCGUCCCAAGGUCCAGGGUUCGUGGUCGCUGCAUCAGGCGACGUUGGACCAGCCGCUCGAUUUCUUCGUUCUCUUGUCGUCUGCGUCCAGUUUCCUGGGUAACGCAGGCCAGGGUAACUACGUCGCCGCAUGCACAUACCAAGUCGCCCUCGCCGCGCACCGUCUCGGCCUCGGCCUCCCGGCAACCGCAAUCGACAUCGGCAAAGUAGCCAGCGUUGGCGUCGUGGCCGAGAGCAAGGAUUCCAUCAUCGAAGAGAACCUCAUCCGUAUCGGACUCAAAGAUAUCCAGGAGGCGGAGCUGCACGCCAUUAUCGAGCUGGCUAUGCUCCCCAACGCUGUGGGGGUCACGAACGGCCAUCUUAUCACGGGCGCUCAUACGAGUCUCGAUCCCGGGGCUGAUAUUGCAGACCUCCCCUUCUGGAGCCGCGACCCCGUAUUCUCCCACCUCGACGCCCUCCGCCCGCACCUCGCGCGCGCGGCAGACGGCUCGGGCGGCGCCUCCACCGCCGGCCGCGCGAGUCUCAAGACCCUGCUGGGAUCCGCACCAUCGAAGUCCGCAGCCGUAGCCACGGUCCUCGAGGCCCUUUUAGCCAAACUGGCGCGCGCUCUGGCGAUGCCGGUUGCGGAGAUUGAUGCGACGAGGAGCACGGCGGCGUAUGGGAUUGAUUCGUUGCUGGCGGUGGAUAUUCGGAAUUGGAUCUUUAGAGAGGCGGGGAGUGAUGUGGCGGUGUUUGACGUGUUGCAGGCGGGGAGUGUGGGGGGGUUGGCGGGGAGGGUGGUGGAGGGGAGUGCGUUUUUGGGGAAGGCUGCUAUGGCCGUGGGGGGUGGUGAGGAGUGA